AGAAGUCAGUGCUGCAUGCUUUUCUUGCUUGAUGAGUCUUUGAGUUUAGCAACAAGCUAAGCUGCUACAAGAAGAAGAAGUUUGUGUGUGUGUCGGAAAUGGCGGACGAUGAGGUUGUUGUUUUGGGAUUCUGGCCAAGCAUGUAUGGGACGAGGGCAACGAUAGCUCUGGACGAGAAGGGUGUCAAGUAUGAGUACAGAGAGGAGGACUUGAGGAACAAGAGCUCACUGCUUCUGGAGAUGAACCCGGUUCACAAGAAGAUCCCGGUUCUCAUCCACAACGGUAAACCGGUCUGUGAGUCACUCAUCAUUGUGCAAUACAUUGAUGAGGUUUGGGAGGGUAAAGCUCCUUUGCUUCCCUCUGAUCCUUACCAGAGAGCUCGGGCCAGGGUCUGGGCUGAUUUCAUUGAUAAGAAGGUACCUGAUGCUAGGAAGAAACUAUGGAGCACAAAAGGAGAAGAACUUGAGGAAGCCAAGAAGGAAUUCAUCGACAUCCUUAAGCAGUUGGAAGGAGAGCUUGGAGACAAGCCUUACUUUGGGGGUGAGAGCUUUGGGUUCUUGGACAUUGCUCUCAUCACAUCCUACAACUGGUUUUAUGCAUUUGAGACCCUUGGAAACUUCAGCACAGAGGCAGAGUGCCCCAAGCUGAUUGAAUGGGCCAAGAGGUGCAUGCAGCGGGAGAGCGUGUCGAAAUCUCUUGCCGACCCUAAAAAGGUGUAUGAGUUUCUUCUUGGCUGGAUCGCUGGAUAGAAUAGGCUGCUAGCCAGUCCUGCAAUCAAAUGUUAUGUUGUUGUUCUCUUCUGGUUCAUUUUCCUUUCAACUUUGUUUUUCCAGUGAGAGAUCCUUUGGUUUUUUGUGUGUGUCUAAAUUAUGUUUUUUGGUUGAUUGUUGAUACUUGAAUGGCUUAAACUUCUUUGCUAUAACAAGUUCACAACAAUUUGAUAAUUUGACUGCAAAACCAAACAAAAG